UGGCGCUAAAACUCCAGCGUCCUAGCCUGGAGAAGGCUGAUUUCAUUGGUGGGGCAGUCAGUGAAAGGAAAACAUUGAUUUAUGCAGGAGUCUGACCUGCCCUAUUUAAAGCAAUACACACUUCCUGUGGGUGCCAUUUUGCCAUCAGUUAAGCUGAGCAUUUAUGCACACAGGUACGUGGGGGGUAUCAGCUGAGUUUUCUUGUAUUCUAAGACCAGUGGCUGAUUACUUUUUUAUCUAUUCUCUUAACCAGUUUUUCCAAUGGAACCUGGUAUGACGGGGAAAGCCUCUCACCCUAAAGGGAAAAGCCUUCCUGCCACAGAUGUAAGAAAAGACAAGUCUCCAGAGAAAACGAUUUCUGCAGAGAAACAACAGGAACCUGGGUCCUCUGUUUCACAAGAAAAUCAAUGGGAAUCCUUAGCCUCGGUGAUAAAACAGGCAGUUAUUCAGGGAUUCCAGGAGGUGUCAGGCACUAAGAAAAGACCAAGACACCAGCAUGGAAGACAGGGGGAGUCUUUUUCAGAUGUAUCUGAGGGAGAUCUGUCAUUUGACUCGGACGUCCUCUCUCAGGCAGGAUCAGAGGAGGGCGAGAUUGAUUCGGAAGAGGAAUCAACAUUUGAUUUAGCGGUGAUUGACCCGUUAAUAAGAGCAGUCAGACAGACUCUAACUUUUCCAACAGAAAUGACAAAGUUGUCAUCAGCGGAUAAACUCUUUCCAUCAUCAAAAAAGAAAUCCGCAUGCUUUCCUGUACAUUCGUCUAUCAAGGAGAUAAUUGCGUCAGAAUGGAAGAAGACUGAGAAAAGGGCUCAGACAACAGGGAAAUUCAACAAGAAGUAUCCUUUUGACGAACAGGAUUCAAAAACCUGGGAUUCACCACCUAAAGUGGAUGCGGCUGUGGUGAGGCUGGCUAAGAAGACAACACUUCCAGUAGAUGAUGCGGCAGUCUUCAGGGAGCCAAUGGAGAAGAAGAUAGAGUUCAAUCUAAGGAAAGCUUUUGGGUCCGCAGGGGCAGCCUGUAAACCAGCUGUUGCUCUGACUUCAGUGUCUAGAGCUUUGGAAGGUGUGGUUGUCAGAACUUGGAGAAGCGAUAUCUUCUAAUGUAAAGAGACCAAAGCUUUUAGAGAUGUUGACAGAUUGUAAAAUGGCAACAGAAUUCAUAUCCGAAGCUUCGAUAGACCUAGUGCAUUUCUCGGCAAGAUCUAUGGCACUGUCGGUGGCAGCCAGAAGGGCUUUAUGGCUGAAGACGUGGGCAGCGGAUACAGUUUCUAAAACUAAUCUGUGUCAAUUGCCUUUUGAAGGUGAGAUGUUAUUUGGAGAGAAGCUCGACGCAAUUAUUAAAAAGGUCUCAGGUGGAAAAAGCGUGUUCUGCCACAAGAGAGUCAGGCAAAAAGACCACGCUUUGAGACGAACUACAACAAACCGAAGGAUAAGUCAUUCAGGACGUCUAAACAGUACAAGCCUGGUAGAGAGUAUUCCAGGCAAUCUUCUUGGAGAUCAGGACGUCCAAGUUCCAGAGGGGCAGCGAAAAAAACCGGGAUUUUUUUUCCUCAGCCCCAUCUACUUCCGGUCGACAAUGAAGGUGGCA